AAAGAUUUCCAUGAGACCCCGAACUAGUUGACCAACUAAAGCUCAAAACAAAAGUCUUCAAAUGGCUUGGUUUUGCUGCUGAUGGUUGCUUGUUUCUCUUGAAAUGUCUGUCACAGCCCGAUCCCAAAAUCAGUAGAGGAAGAAGAAGAAGAGAAGAGAGAAUGGGAGGAGGUGUAUUUUACUACAUAUUCUCAUCAGCAGCACUGAUAACACUAGCACUCUACCAUCUCAUCUCCACCACCACCGCCUACCUCAAAUCUCCACACGCUUACAUCGCCAAACCCUACUACCCUUUCUCCUCCUCCCAUCGCUUUAAAUACCUCCAGCUUUACCUCCUAAUCCUCUGCCUCCUCGUUGCCUUCGCUCACCAAACCCUAGUUUCCUCCGACUCCGACCCUCUACUCAAGGGGAGUACACCUGUCCACCGCUUCACCUCUCUCCAAUCCGCCGCCGUCCUCUUCCUCUUCCUCAUCCUCUCCCUUUCUCUCCUCAUCUCCGACUCCACUUCCCUCCUCCCUCUCCCUUCCGAUCUCUUCUUCGCCCUCGCCUCCGCCGUCUUCUUCCUCCAGUCCUCAUCCUCCGCCUCCUCCGCCUCUGUCCAGACCUCCGAUCUCCAAGCCAAAUGCGACUCCGUCUCCGCCCAAAUCUCCGCCCUCGCCGCCCUCCUCUGCCUGAUCCUCGCUUGCCAGCCUAGAAUGUUCGUUGCGGAUGUGGGAUUGGGCGGGGCUGUUUGCUUGCAGGGACUCUGGAUGCUCCAGACCGGACUCUCGCUUUACGUGGACGCGUUUAUUCCGGAUGGUUGCCACAAAUUGCUGGAUGUGGUGAGUGGUGUGGAGGGAUCGACGAAGUGUGAGUUGGAGGAUUCUAGAUUGAGAGCGGUGGCUAUUUUGGAUCUGGUUUUUGUGGUUCAUGUCAUGUUUGUGGUGCUCAUUGUUAUGGUUACUUAUGGUGUUAUUGCUAAGAGUUAUGGGGUUCGAAGAUUAGGAGGAUCUUACGAGGCUUUGCCUACUGCUGCUUCUUCAGUUGCUGAUUCUUCUUCUAAUCAUAUUCAAAUGAAGGCCUUGACAGGCACGCAGGCCUGAUCUUUGAAUUUUAUUGUCCCAGGAUCAACAUAGGUGUGUCAAAAAGUCUUUCAGGAAAGUGAUAGAAUUCUCAUGCUGGUGUGGUGGUUUCUAGGUUGUGAUCAGGGCAAAGAUUUUCAAGGCUGAAUACAAAGGCAAUAGAUUAUAUAAUAUCAACUUGUAGUGAGUACUAGCGUUUCCUUGGGAUAUUGACCCUGUUAAAGGACUGUUGAAUUGGUUGUCUUUCUAUGUUUCCCUCUACGGCCAUCAUUAUUUUUAAAGGCAAGGUCGUUUUCUUGUUGCUAUGUUU